AUGUCGUAGGGGCAAUUCCAAAGCCGUCUCCUCCACCAGCAUUACGGCCACCGCCGUCACCUCCGAUUAUAAGCAGCAGCGGAGGGUCUGGAUCUAACUAUUCAGGGUCUGAAAAUUCGCUGGCUCCUGCCCCAUCUGGCAUUACCUUGGGCUUCUCACAGAGCAGUUUUACUUAUGAAGAAUUAGCAAUGGCGACGGAUGGAUUCUCGGAGGCUAAUCUCCUUGGACAAGGUGGGUUUGGUUAUGUGCACAGAGGAGUCCUUCCAAACGGGAAGGAAGUGGCAGUGAAGCAACUUAAAGCUGGAAGUGGGCAGGGAGAGCGAGAAUUUCAAGCAGAAGUUGAAAUAAUCAGCCGAGUUCAUCACAGACAUCUUGUUUCCUUGGUGGGAUAUUGCAUCACCGGCUCCAAAAGAUUGCUGGUUUAUGAAUUUGUUCCGAAUAACACUUUGGAGUUCCAUUUGCACGGGAAAGGACGACCUACCAUGGAUUGGCCAACAAGACUGAAAAUUGCUCUGGGAUCUGCCAAGGGAUUGGCUUACCUUCAUGAGGACUGUAAUCCUAAGAUCAUUCAUCGUGACAUCAAAGCAGCAAAUAUACUUUUGGAUCUCAAAUUCGAAGCCAAGGUCGCAGAUUUUGGGCUUGCCAAGUUAUCUUCUGAUGUUAAUACCCAUGUUUCAACCCGAGUCAUGGGAACUUUCGGAUAUCUUGCUCCUGAAUACGCUUCAAGUGGGAAACUUACCGAAAAAUCAGAUGUCUUCUCCUUCGGAGUGAUGCUUCUGGAGUUGAUUACCGGACGCAGACCUGUGGACACAACUCAAUCCUUCAUGGACGAUGGAUUGCUCGAUUGGGCAAGGCCUCUACUGCUUCGGGCCACAGAAGAAGGAAACUACGACGGUCUGAUAGAUCCAAGGCUGCGAGACGAGUACGACCACAACGAGAUGGGUCGCAUGGUUGCUUGCGCCGCCGCCUGUGUGCGUCAUUCGGCGAGGCGCCGGCCACGGAUGAGUCAGGUGGUUCAUGCUCUGGAAGGUGAGUCGUCGCUUUCUGAUCUUAACGAAGGAAUCCGGCCCGGACAUAGCACCGUCUACAGCUCCGACUACGACACGGCUCAGUACAACGAGGACCUGAAGAAGUUCAGGAAGAUGGCAUUGGCGAGCCAGGAGUACGGCGCCGGCAGUGAGUACAGCGAGCCGACGAGUGAGUACGGUCUGUAUCCAUCGGGGUCGAGCGGCGACGGCCAAACCACCCGGGAAAUGGAGAUGAGAACGAUGAAGAAAGAAAGUGGAGGUUUUAGCGGAAGCUCGUGAUUAAGCAUCACUCUGCAAUGUGUACAAUCCACACCUUUCUUCUUCUUUCUCUUCUCUUGGAUGAGUUUUUGGAUUAUAGGAAUUCUUUCAUCUGUAUUUGGCUUUGUAAAAUGUAAGAGCAUUCAGACAAAGAUUGGAUAAGAUUUUUGUCUACACAAAACAAGUUAUAAGAUAGAUUUCGAUUCUUUUA